UUAAGUUCUUAACCAUGGAUCUACUCAGCUUAGAGGAAUGUCUGCUAAUAGCUCAGAGAUCUCUUCCCGAAAACAACAAGUCCAAUCUGAUAGUCUUAAGCUCGCAGCUGGAUGCAGGUUCCAAUGAUCUAUUGGGAUACAUGGGAGAGUACUAUAAGUUCGAACUGGAUGUGGAGGAUAUAGAAAAAAAGAAAAAAUAUUGCCUUCAUUAUUUUAUUAAAAGUUUACCCCGCAAAAAUGAGCCACAGCGAAAAGAAUGCGAACGCAAAGGAGUUUUUCAUAAGGAAUCUGCUGUCUACAGUCAGUUAUUACCCAAAAUACAAAAAUACGCAACCAAGAAGCUUUUUCCCGUAUGCUACUAUAGUCGGAAUGAUAUUUUGGUUUUAGAAGAUCUAACCCAAAACUAUAGACAUCUCAAGGCCUCAGAGAGCUAUACAAUAGAUCAUUAUAAACUGGUUUUAGAGCAUUUAUCUGAAUUACAUGCUGCAAGUAUUGCUUGGGAGGAAAAAGAGCAUUUAAAUAUAGAGGAACUUUACAAAGAUGUGCUUAUAGAAUUGCAUUUGGAUGCGGAUAAUUCGUGGUACAUCACUGGACUUAAGGCCAUUGUAUUCUUGGCAGCCCGUCAUCCGCAAUAUCAAACCAAGGAAGCACAGACCUUUAUCCAAGAUAAACUUUAUAAUCUCUUAACCAAAGCUGAAGAAUUCGUAGCACCUUCAAAAACUAUAAGAAAUGUGCUUUGCCAUCGAGACACAUGGGAUCGCAAUAUCCUGUACAGUUUUAAAGAAGAUUCUUCCCUUUUACCUAAUGCCUGUUGUAUUGUGGAUUUUCAACUAGCUAAGUACUGCUCGCCCACCUUAGAUGUAUUGUUCCUAUUAUAUAUUGUAGCCCCCGCUGAAGUCAGGAAUGUGAUAUAUGAUGAGUGCCUCGAGCACUAUCAUAAAUCCCUAGAAUCUCACCUCGUUCGCUUGGGCUUGGAUAAGAAUCUCAUUACCAGGGAGAACUUUCUGCAAGAAUGCCAACGAACACGAUUGGCUGCCCUACUUAUUUGGGCCCUCACCGAGCCUCAGACCAAAAUGUCGCCCAGUAUUUCAAAUAGAUUGCGAUCCGAAGAACCAGAGAAAUUCGACUACUAUCUCAACUGCGAUCGUAGUGAACUGUUGCUUAGGGUAAUGGAAAUUCAACCUGGCUACGAAGAGACUAUCAUGUCGCCCAUCAAAGAACUGGUGGAUUACCUCAUGGAGAAUGAGUACUUAAAUGCCUAGAAAAUUUAUAUGUUAUAUAAAAGAUUGUUUCAACUCUUAAAGUUGUUUAUCAUCGUUUCAAUGAA